UGUUAGUUUGAAUACAGGAGUCCGGAUGAGUGUCUAAACCGUGCGCACACAGGCUGUGGAGAGGCUGCCUUCCCUUAGCUGUGUGUGUCUGAAACACACGUACAGAGAUAAGGCGAGGAGGAGCUCCACCACCUCACGCUCGUCCGCGUAAACGGGAGGCAGUUAGACGCACUUGGAUUACCGGGCAGCCAACUGUCACCGCUCAUAACGGCUUCAGACCGGCGCCCUGCCCAGCGCUCCUCACCGCGCGCUCCGCCGGUCAUUAAUUCAUCUCAUAAAAACGACAGACACCUGGGCACAGCCGCGGCAGCAGUAGCUUUUGAUAGAUUUUUUUUAUUAUGGGUUUUAUCUACGUGGAUGCAAAAAAAAAAAGUUUUUUAUUGACGCUGCGUUAAAUAGGAGCGCAGAAGCUGCGAGUCCGAGGAAGGACGACACCGGGCUUCUGUGAACCUCCUCAGCAUCUGUUUCUUUCACUGGGGCUGCUGUUUGUAAAAUCUGAAGUAAGAGAUUCGCCUGUGAGGGGAAGAUAUGAAGUUAGUGGGCUCGCUUUGGAUCCUUUCUUUUCUCCUUGUGCACAGGGCAGCAGGAGGCGCUGAGUCAAUCUCAGAUCCAUCACUCAGGCCUGGACAUAGCAUGACUGAUGAACAGGGCCAGGCACUGAGCCAGGGUCAGUACAAAUGUCUUGAGCUGUCCAAGAAAGACCACCAAGAAAACAGAACCGGAACGUUCUGUCGACCCAUGUGGGACGGCUUUUUUUGCUGGGAUGAGACACCAGCUGGGACGUCUGUCACACGAAACUGUCCAGAUCACCCUGACCUGGACCCAACUGAAAAAGUGACCAAAUACUGUGCCGAAUUCGGUAACUGGGUGCACACUGGGUCCACAUGUCACCCAGCUUUAAAGGACAAAUCAGAGAGGGAAGUCACUCAUUUUUUAAAGGAUGUUGCUGGAGAGCUGACCACAGAGGCUGUAGGAGUUGACACAGAAAAAGAUGGUGUCGUGGAAAUAAUGAUCCUCGAGAACAGAAAGAAAUGCUCAGAGAAAAUGACGCAAGACCCACCUUAUAACAACUCAGGGCUGUACUGCAGUCGUAACUGGGAUGGCUGGCUGUGCUGGGACGAUACUCCAGCAGGAACCUACGCCUCUCAAAACUGCCCCACUUAUUUUAGCAACUUUGACCCCACAGAAAAGGCAACUAAGUACUGCGGAGAGGAUGGUACGUGGUUUCACCAUCCAGAGUCCAAAAGGAUUUGGACCAAUUACACACUCUGCACAGCAUCCUAUGAGAAGAGACUGAGGAAACUGAAAAUGCUUGAGAAUAAAUACAAAUGCCUCCUGAGGAUAAGUCGAGACCCACCUUUUAACAGAUCAGGGCUCCACUGCAGUCGUAACUGGGAUGGCUGGCUGUGCUGGGAUGACACUCCAGCGGGAACCUACGCCUCCCAAAACUGCCCGGAUUAUUUUUUUGACUUUGACCCGACAGAGAAGGCAACUAAGUACUGUGGAGAAGAUGGGCAGUGGUUUCAGCAUCCAGAGAGCAAUAAGACUUGGACCAAUUAUACACUCUGUGCUGUCAACACAAAGCAGAGGCUGAAGGCAGCCGCCCAGUUCUCAGGGGACGCUAUAGUGGAGUCUGCUGAUGAGGCCACAGUCAGCCCCAUGGUUAACCCAGAGGAACAGGAAAUUGUGAAUAAGAAAAUCCUUGACAGCCAGUACAAAUGCUUCGAGAAGAUGAAUCGAGAUGUACCGUAUAACAAAUCAGGGCUCCACUGCAGUCGAAACUGGGAUGGCUGGCUGUGCUGGGAUGACACUCCAGCGGGAACUUACACCUCUCAAAACUGCCCUAAUUAUUUUGCUGACUUUGACCCGACAGAAAAGGCCACUAAGUACUGUGGGGAGGACGGGCAGUGGUUUCGCCACCCGGAUACCAACAGGACUUGGUCCAACUACACACUCUGUAUUGAAAACACCGAGGCAAAGUUAAAGUCAGCGUACAUCCUGUUUUACAUGGCAAUUGUGGGUCAUGCUCUAUCCAUAGCCUCCCUGCUCAUCUCUUUGGCCAUCUUCUUCUACUUCAGGAGUUUGAGCUGCCAAAGGAUCACCCUGCACAAGAACCUCUUCUGCUCCUAUGUGCUCAAUUCAGCGCUCACUAUCAUCUACCUCAUAGCAGUGGUCAAUGAUACCGAAGUGGUGGACAGAAACCCGGUCGGCUGUAAAGUGUUGCACUUCUUCCACAUGUACAUGCUGGGCUGCAAUUAUUUCUGGAUGCUGUGUGAAGGCAUCUACCUGCACACGCUCAUCGUGGUGGCUGUGUUUGCAGAGGAGCAGCAUCUGCACUGGUACUACCUCCUGGGCUGGGGCUUUCCUCUAGUGCCUGCAUCCAUCCACGCCGUGGCAAGGAAAAAGUAUUUUGACGACAACUGUUGGAUGAGUGUGGAAACCCAUCUGCUCUACGCCGUCCAUGGUCCUAUAAUGGCAGCGCUCCUUGUGAACCUUUUCUUCUUACUCAAUAUUAUAAGAGUGUUGGUGACCAAGUUGAGAGACACACACCGGGCAGAGUCCAACAUGUACAUGAAGGCAGUGCGAGCCACCCUGAUCCUGGUGCCCCUGCUGGGAAUACAGUUUGUCAUUUUUCCCUGGAGGCCAGAGAACCGCUUAGCUGGGGAGGUCUACGAGUACAUCAUGCAUAUACUCAUGCACUACCAGGGAUUACUGGUGGCAACAAUAUUCUGCUUCUUCAAUGGAGAGGUGCAGGCAGCUCUAAAGAGACAGUGGAUGCAGUAUAAAACCCAGUGGGGUCAGAGACGAAAGGACCACUGCUCAAUGCGCUCCACAUCCUACACAGCCACCUCCAUCACUGAGGUGCCCGCCUUCAUGUACCACCAUGACUGUAACAGCGAACACUUGAACGGACGCCACACUGAGGACUCUGAACUGGUGGCACUAAAAUCAGGAGAGACGUACGCUUGAGCCGCUGAGCCACACUGAGGAUAAAGAGUGUAGCGGUGAGAACAGCUGAAGAGGAGCAACUGGGAAAUGAAGAUGUACAGUAGGAAAGGAAAAUCCGAUUUGCCCGCCAGAUCUCAGUGAUUAAAUCUCAGAGGCUGAUGCUGGUUUGUUCAGCCCAGGACGAAGAGGCAGGUCCUGGAAUAAAGAGCUCAUUGGGACGGAGAUGGAUUAGCUACGAGGCUGACACUUCAUUUUACUUUACAUUGCUGUCGCGAACUUGUGAUGUCAAGAAUUUGUGGCAUGAGACAUGAGGCAUGACAUGAGUCACUUCCUAAAGCUGCUAAAACUGUGAGCACGCUCACAGUGACGGAGGCUUGUGCUGGCGUGGAGACAGACAUGACUGUGAUGGCGAAGAGGGUGGCGGUGUUUACUGUAUGAGAUGAUGGCGCUGAAUGUGACAGUGAUGAUGAUGUUGGUUCUGACUGAGAUGAGGUGGAGGUGAAUCAUGUUUGUUGAUGGUGUCAGGAUGAUGAUUUUGAGAUGAAGUGGAAGAACCAACCCCUCCUAACCUCACUAUACCAAAGGGUACUGUAUGUUGGUCACAGCUAUGAAGGGGCGUACCAUGUCCAGCUGAGCACAGUCGUUGGUACCCUGAAGCUAAACACACACACACACACACAUGCCAACAAACUCCACAAACCUGAUCGUAUGUGCCAUGAUAAAGGUCAAAUUUCAAAAGACCCUCUGUGUUUGAAGCUCUGGAAUUAUGUACAUAAUAUAUGUUCACCAUGUUUCAUUUGAGAAGAAGUGUUCACAUGUUUCAAAAGGACUUUAUUUUUUUUUCUAUUGAUAUUUUAUUCUUGCCGAUUCCUACGUACGUGCUAAGUGUGUGUCCUGUGAUGCUGCACUCCCAACUGCUUUGUUGUUUUUCGCAGUUGCUGUAUCUGUGCUGAUGCUGAACAUCACAGGGCUAAAAAGCAAAAAGAAGCUAAAUGCACAAAGUAUAUAUGUAUAAAUAAAAAACUUUAUUUUGAGGUUGAACAGCCACAAGAGUCGUUUCACUGCGUAUGACUCAAGUAUGCAAUCAGUCGUGCUGAUGAUUCUGAUGAACAAGCAGCGUCUGAUUUUACUCAGAGUUGUCCUUUGUCAUGCUCACGAUGCCUUUCAUCUAUCUUUUCUUUUAAGUGCUUUUCUGUCCUCAAUGCAUAUUUAUUUGUGAAUUUUGUUGCAUUUCAUAUGAGUAAGCAUCCAGGGCAAGAAAUGCUCCCUGAAGAUCUUAAAGGCAAGUUCUUGCACAGACAGCAAACAUGAAUAAUCUAGUCUUUGUCCUAAAUAUGUUCCGAUCGCUCUAUUGUCAUUUUAUUCUUGCUUUGUCAUAACUGUGUCAUGUACUGCAGGAUGCAAUUUAAGAGUCUGGAGGGCCAUAGUGCAUUUAAGGGCCCUGAAACCCCAAGCCGACAUCCAGCUGUCAGGCUGCCCUGGGCAUCUGUCCACCUAGUUCUUGCUGUGUGUCUCACACACUUAUUACUAGUACUGUUUUCAGCAUGUUGAAUCAAUGUCAGAUUUGGCAGUGCCCGUCGGUAGGUGAAAUCACUCAGAUUUGCUGUUCAGCUCAGUGCCCAUGAAAACUAACGGAUGUGAUGAUUGCAAGCAAAGUCAAGAAGGCGGGUAUGUUAGGUAAGAUUAUUUUUUUAAGCUACUGAGCUCUUUAGCAGAAAGCUAUGAAUUUGUUUGUGCCAUUGUUUGCUAGCGCACAGCAGUUAAUUUUGCGGUGUGUUCAAGUGCAACUUUGUGGUCGAAAAACACAGGCAAAUUGAGCUCUAAUAGUCGGCCUUCAUCGUGACUAGUUCUUCGAUGACGGUUUGGUGUGUCUGGGCCUUAAGUGUGACACAAAAUUAUCUUUGUAUUAACAGCCAACAUUUAAAAAAAAAAAAAAAAAAAUCACCAUUUUUGUUGAAGGCUGGAUUAAUGAAUGAUCUAUGAAAGUUACUCAGAAGCCCAAUAAGCUUCUAAACUGCAUAACUUAUAGCAGACAUUUAUAUUCAGCCAGUGAAAAACAUUUAUCAUCCUAUAGCAUAAAGCCAAUAAAGCCUCUGGCAGGCUCUGACUGCUGUGAUUAGUUUGUUAAACUCCCCGUUUAUGUGAAAAACGGUCAGCGAAAAUCUUUGUAAAAACUUCAGAGAAGUGGCAUCUUUAAGAAUAAGGCUCUAUGUUUUUGUUUUUGUUAACAAACUCCAUGAAAAGUCUGUCUCUCAAUACUUUCCAACUCCCCUAUCCUGACUGUCAAACUCAACGUCAGGCUCAUCUAGAAUAAUAAUAGUGAUAAUAAUAAAUCAAUGUUUUAUUUUUAAAAAAAAUAAAAUAAUUUUCAAAAACAGCUGGGCACUGUAGUUUGUAGCAAAUGUUACCCACAUAGGAGUAAUAAUGUAUUUAUUGGGGACUAUUUUUACCUGCGGAUUAAUACACAUUUGGUGCUCUAGUACGAAUGUACAGCAGCAGGGCAGUGCAUGUAGGACUGACUCAAAAUAAACUACAGUGCCUAUGUUUAUGGUAAUGAUGUGCAAGCCACUGAUCUGUUUAAAUUGUUUUGCAGGAACAAUUCAGCUCUGUGGUGCAGAGAAAGCAGCUAUAUCCGGCCCAUAGAUAUGCAGACAAUAGUUCAUUGAUGGUUUUGGUCUUUUCAUAGGAUUUGCUGCCAAAUAAAUAAAUAUCACCAGACUUUUAAAAUAAUAAUAAUUUAUAAUAAUAAUUUAAAACCUAAUUUGGCUGUCUGAGAUGUCAUGUUUCGUUCUACUCACAGACUCAUUACAUUUUCUGUCUACAUGGCUGCUACUGUGUUGUUAUCUGUUGAACGGUCAUCAGAUAUGAGAAGCUUUUUAGUCGUUAUCCUUGUCAACUGGAAUUUGUGUGAGCCAUAUGAGAUAUUAGAAGGUUAUAGUGAGGUACAGUUUGAAAUGUAUUUUUCCAUGGACCUAUAGAGUCAAGCAACAUUUGCACAUGUAGUCAAGAGAAUACAGCUCUGAAGUUUAUCUUUAUAGUAUGUUGGACAACACAUGUUCACAUUGCAAUAAUUGGCUUAUUCACUACCAUUAAUAUAUUACCAAAUAUAAAUAAUUAAUUAAGACACACAGGAUCACAAAAAAGAUCUCCUUCAGAUAUAUUAAGGGGUUAAUAUGGGAAUUACUGCAAGCUAAUGUCUUCAUUUGAAGCUUCACUUGGCCAUCCCCUAAAUUCCCCCUUAAAUAAAACCAACAUCUGGACCUAUUGAAAUGCCGUAUUUCAAAGACGUUUUUGUUGCUUUUCAGGCAGGGUCUGAAAUUAGCUUUUUGCGCUGAGGCAGGCAAGUUUUUUUUUUAUCUUUGAAUUUUUUUAUCUGCUGCUAAAUGAAAGAAAAAAUGACAUUCGUUACUUUUCCAUCCAAAUCUAACGUAAAUGCGAAUGUAUGCACUUUUCCAUCCAUUACGUAUAUGCAAAGAUCGGGAAUCGGUUCAAUGGGACAAGCAGUAGGUGGCACUAAUUCUCCAGUCAGGUGCCACUGCAGAAGAAGAGCGGGCAACAAGUAGAUCAACAUUUACUCACUAAAUCUGUUCGCAUAUCAUUGCACCAACUUUUCCACUUCCCCAAGCGUAAAAACUUUUUUGCGAUAUUUCAAUUUUUUUUUUUUUUUAGAAUUUUUGUUGUUUCCACUCAGGUGUUUUAAUAUUCAAAUCAAAAAUGCACACAGAAACAGACUGAUAGAAACACACCUAUUUAGAUAAUUUACAGAUUGUUUAGGUAAAUUCCAGUGUUUAAAUCAUACUGUUGACUUCGUUGGAGCCCUGUUUUUCUGGGGGGAUGAGAGGGUACUGUGCACGUGCAUACAUGAAUGUGUCCGCCUAUGUUUAAAACUUUACUAUCGAUACGUUUCAGUUCCAACAGCGAAAACUGAGCCUGCGACUACAAAGAAAACAAUCCCCAACGCCUGUCUGCUCCGAGCACUGUCCCCGUGUCUUUCCCGCUUGACUACACGCUCGCUGCGCUCUGAGCUGGUUCUUCAGAUGAAACUGUUACAUGAGGUGGCCAGUGAAGGUGAUAGAGAAGUGAGAGGGUGUGUGUGUGUGUGUGUGUGUGUGCGUGCUCUUUUUGUUGAUGGUUGUUGGUUAGAAUUCAGAGAACUUGGACUGUCAGUCGAAAAGAAUGAGGUCUGACAGCUGCUAGCGAUGCUUUUAUAUUGCAGUUGCAAACAGCUUUUACUGUACAUGUGUAGCUCUAAUCAUUUUCUAAUCUUACUAAAAAGGUACCAUUUUAUUUUUUUGCCACCAAAUACCUGCAUUUGGCAGGUGCUAAUUUCAGACCCUGUAGCCAGGUAUGAAGAAGGAACAGAAAGUGACAAUCAAUAUGAGAGAAUGAAGGUAAAAGUAUUCUAUUUAUUUUAUUAUAAAAUUCAUCUUCCUCUUCUUCUUUUUGUUUGUCUUGGAUGUGGUACUCACUGUAAGACACACUAUUAAUCUUUUGGGUUCGGGGAAGACAGAUUCUGUAUAUUUUGUAUGUCCAUGCCAAUGUAAAUACAAGCAGACACUGUGUAUAUGAUAGAUUUUUGCACUGUGAAAUACUCUGACAGCUAUUUUUCGUUAUGUUCCUGCCAUUCAUUUUGGCCUGUGUUCGUCUCCUUUUCCCUCUCAGCUCGGACUGACAAAGCUGAUUAAAAAAAAAACCUUGCAUUUUGUAAAAGCUAAAUCGAUUGGUGUCUUUUUCAAAAACCUAUUUAGCACAAGAGUACCGACAUAAAAGAUGCUUUGGUGUUGCUCUUUAUUUCCUGAGCAAAUAGCAAUCAAAGAAACAAGCUGCAACAUGUGUUCGUGGAGGAGGAAAAAAAGAUGAAAGAAUUGAGAUGAAAAUGAACAAUUUGCACCACUUAUUUGAUGAUAUGAGGUUAUUUUCAUUCUGUGGUUUUUAAACGAUUAAAUGAGA